AUGGAUCGCAGGAAAAAUGGGAGCCUUGCCCGUUGGGCGGGGUUAACUCUCUGCUGUUGGUUGCUCCUACUGCUUAUCAUUAUGUCCCCCUGGGAGGAUGGCCGCAUCCGAGGGAGGAGUCUUGAAGAGCAAAGCGGCAUCGGGAAAAACGUAUGUAACAAUAUCAUCCCGUUUUACCUGAACAGCCAUAAUUUUUUCAACCCUCUGAGGGAAAUAAAUGUCUCAAAUAAUUUCUCCCUAAGGUGGAACAUCAACUAUAUAUACUUCGAAUACUUCAACGAUGAGUUCUUUAUAAAUUUUAACCUACACAGUUUAUUGGUAAAGGAUGUGAAACUAUAUGAGUACAGAGACAGGAGCGUUCUCCUUUUGGAGAAAGAUGCCUCCCACGAUGAAGUGAAGUUUUUUAUUCGUGUGGAACCGGACAAAAGUGUACACCCUGGGGAUAUGAGAACCUUUUAUUUUGUCAUACAUUCGGGGAUUAGUUCAAAUUUCAGCUCAUGUGUUAAUGUAAUGUUGGAGUUGAAUGUCGGCUUGGUGAGUAGGUACGAGUGGGCUUCGCCAAUUUAUGGGACAGCCAUUAAUCAACUUACUAGCGGUGGAAACACCAAUGAGGUGAGAAGCCUCCAUUCUGAUAGGAAUAUCGUGGAGGAGAAGAAAAGUAAACUCCCUGCACAUCACAAGGAUUACAUCAUUGUGAAGGAGAAUUACUACUACGCUUCGAGUGAAGAUUACUACGUUCGAUUCGAACGAAAGAAGGAGGAGCUUUAUGCUAAUUUGCAAGGGAACGAAGAAGUGAUUGUCUACACUGUCCUUUUAUUUACUCAGUUCACCGAACAUGGGAGUAUAAGUUUCUAUUCCCACUUAACAGAAGAUAUAACAAAAGAAAAGAAUUUCCACAUGCAUUUGAAAAAGUUAACCUUCGGAAAGAGUUACCUGUACAACAUGAGCGUGCAUAACAUUUUAAGGUUGGCUUAUCUGGAUAACGAUUGCACCAAGGGCUGUGUCCACAGUGUGCGAACAAAAAAUGGGUUGUUAUUGCACGCCCUAUUGGAGAAUAACUCCGUGUAUAAAUUUGAGGUUAAGUACACUUUGGGAAGGAAUUCUCCAGAUUGGUUAGCCAAGAAUUCUGAUGGUGCUCAUUUCAACGUAGAAUUUUCCAUAGUGAGGAAUGCAGCGGAGUACACCAUGGUGGACUUCAUUCGUGAACACUUCACCAGGGAGUGUAUGCACAACACCUUCUUCCCGAGCGCAAUCAUCCAAGGGGAGGGAAAAAAUGUCGCUCAGGAAUAUUCACACAAAGGGUGCAAAGAGGGGCAGAAAGAGAGUUGUACUUCCUCUGAUCAAGUCGAUGAAUUCAUCAUUUACGGGAGGAUGAUCGAACUGAACGAUAAUUUUAUUUUCAAUUUUGAUCCUAUUAAUUUCUUUGUGCAAAAUAAACAAAUUAGCGUAAUCAUCAGUGAGGACAGUCUGUUCAAUUUGGUUGUUACAUCUAAGAUAGAUAACGUUUACAUAAAUUUGCUUAAAAAGGAUUUAUCCCAUGGAGAGAAGGUUUGUAACACGUACUACUUGAAUAACCUAAACGAUUACACGCUUUUUAAUUACAUGUCGAAAGAGAUGGACCAUUUUCCACAUGGACAUGUGAAUAAAGCGUUUGCUGAUGAUUAUAGGGAUGAUGAAGAGGUACGGAGGAAGAAGUUCUCUCAGCACAACAUGGCCUACAUAAACUGCGCCUUAUCCAAGGGGGAAUACUUCUUAAGAAUAAGCGUUGAUGGGCAUAAUAUGGUUUGCGACUCUAACGAAGUCAGUCUAACUAUUCACCCGGUGGGUUUAUAUGAGGAAAGACACAAAUGCGAUAGCUCCAUGAAUGUUGUGACUGACCUGUUCUACUACCAUUUGAGAUCUGAAAGUAAGAAGCAUAGAGAGGAGUUUUCCAACCUCAUCAGCGCACCUCAGGGGGAGGGUCUAACGAACGAAGAGGGUUCCAACUCGAUAGCGGGUGAGAUAAAAUGGCCAAAGAAAAUCGAAGAAGACGGAAAAAAAAGAACAUACCAGAAUAUCUACGAAAACAGAUGGAUUUUGAACAACCCGAUAUUUCAAGAUUUCGACUUUGUGAUUCUGUAUGAGAGGCACAUCACUGAGAGGGUGGAUGAAUUACUCGUGACGAUAAACAACUCCAUCUUCGUGGACCUCUUCUUUGUAAUUGUAGAACCCAUCAGAGAGCAGAACUCCUACUAUUACAUCUAUAGAAAUUCUAGGAACGUUUUCAAGUAUAAGAUAAAACAUGGGGAUCGUCCGUUCACCAUUUAUCUACUUGCCUCCACUGUGCACUAUCCAGGAAAGCAGUUAUGCGGUUUUUUCUUCAUUGACAUUGACUUGGUGACUAGGAAGAAAUUAACAAUAGAAGAGAAAGGACCAGAUAAUGCGGAGCCCACAAGCAAUGCACACAACAUGAUCAGCAGGAUCAACUAUAUCCCCGACUUGAUCAUCGGUUACGACUCCUACUCGUUUAGCAACUUCUGCUACAUCCCAAAGUUUAAAAAGCAUAGCCUGAUCAUCUACAUAAAGGAAAACUCUAUUGUAAAAAUAAAUUGCUUUAGCGCCAACUAUGUGUACAUUUGCCUGUACGACCAGAAUAGGAGAAAACUUUACGAUGGCUAUAAUCAGCUGUACAUUGAAUCUUUCACAAAGGGAGAGUACGAAAUCGUUCUGCAGUUUAAUGCGUCGAACGACCAGAAGGACAACGCGUUUUUCUACCUCCAGUUUUAUGUCUUCCACUUGAGUUUGCUCGAUAGGUGCGCUCACUCUGCAGCGUUCAUCACAGGUGCAGACACAGGUACAGACAGAGGCAUUGGCAUAGUCAGUCAAAUGAGAGGGGAAUCCACUUCGAUUGGAUCAGAGGGUGCAGCGACGCCCCCCGUAGCGACCACACCGAAUGUACAGGACAUGUACGACCUGACCCCCUAUGUCGAAGCCAAUCGGGCGGAUUUCACCAUGGGUGCUAAUCAAACUCAAGUGAAAGACAAAAACACCUUCUUUUUUCAGAGCUCAAAUGUGUAUUACCUAUUCAAGAGGGACUUACUGCUUCUCCAUCCGAACAAAAGGAUUGUGAAGGAGCUGAUUCUCCCCCAUGUGACGAGCAUGGAUUCCACAGUUACAUUCCUCCUGAAGAUAGAACUAAUUUUUGCAAUGAAUUAUUUGCCAUAUAAGCUAGCCAUCCAGGAUAUGUCAAACACCAGACUACAGUACCAUGAUAGUUACACGUAUAAGAAUAAAAUCCUGAUGACUCUUCCCUUAGUGAAUAGCCCCCCCUUGGUGGAAAAUAGGGCCACGGGUGAGGCCGGCCAGGUAGGGAAACGCUUCAAGCUGUACGUAGACCUGUACGAAGAAGUUAACGAAAAUUUAAGGGACAACUUUUGCACGUAUGCCUACCUGCACAUUAUGUACACAAGUGAAAUGGAGGCUUUUCAGAAAUGGGAUGAGCAGGGCAUUUCCUACUCCACGGUGAACUUACCUCUCCUUCUGAAUAAUAUACUUUUCAAGGGUUCUCCUGGUGCAACAGGGAAAGCAUUUAGUGUAGGUGAAGGGUCUAACCAUGGUGGAGAUCACUCCGCGAUGAUUUCGCUUCGCAACUCCGAUCUGCCCAUAGCGAACCAGAGCGUGCAGUACACCUUUGAAUUGCUGAACAACAAUGUAUUCCUAUUCCUAGUCAGGGAUAACCUUUUUUUUGAUAUGUACAUGUACAGGGAAAACAGAGAUAUAAAGUUGAAUGUGUAUAAAUUUUCCGACACGGAGAAAUUACUUUCUGGGGGAGGAAUCACCUACGAUGAAGUGAUGAAGAAAGGGUCGUCAUCGAUAGGAGAAGAGAUUGCUUCACUCAACAAGGGGCAGAUAUACCUAUCGAUGUAUCUAACGAGGGGUUUAUACAUUUUUGUGUAUGAACGUGGAUCAGGCCCUUUUUUCGCCAAUCUGUCUGUGGUGUGGCAUUACAAGGAAGGCAUACCAAGUGGGUCUUACCUCACAGGAGAAGAAGGAGUGGGUUUGCCGAAGGAGGAAGUUGGAGUGAUCCUUCCCAUGGGCACAACACCAAUUCGGAGGGAUGAUGCCUUUCUGAGGGAAGAAAUCAGUUUCUUAUUUGGUAAGGAAGUUAAGUGCAACGAAGGGACAAAGGUACACCAUGGCGGUAAGAAGCUGCACAAUUUGUCUUACUUUUGGCAAGAAAUUAUAAAAAAUGAAAAUUUCGAAAUUCUCGAAAAUAGUACGACCACCGUGGAAAUAAAAAAAGGUGAACAAAGCAAUGCUCUUAUUUACAAGCGUUUUUAUAUAUGCUUAUCGGAUCAAGUGCAGAAAAUUUCACAAGAGGGAAGGAACUCAAAUGAUUCUACACACAAGAGUAGCGAAACCAUUGAUAAAAAUUACACGCUUUUUAAUUUAAAUAUAGAAGAGAGUGCCCAAGUGUAUGUUGAGAUAAACCCCCACUAUCAUUUCUUUGUUUACCCCUUUAAUCUAAAUAUCGUUUCGAAAAGAUCCUUCUUCGACAUUUCCAGUGGACAUAAAACCUUCAUUACGAUUGAGCUAUACAAAGGAGAGUACGAAAUACAUUUGGCCUUUCCCGGGCUGGAGAGAGAACAAGUAAAAGAUAUUAUAUUCGACUUGGUUAUACUUAUUGUGUCUUCUAGAAGCGGGAAAAACGAAACCAAUCAGAGGAAUACACUAACAUAUAUAGGUAACUCUCCUGGACUAUCCCCCCAAAGUGAUGUAUGCAAGGCGUACCCAUACAAACCCCUUUUCAACAAAGUCAAUCUGGUGGACAUUGGGGAGAAUGACGUAUCAGUGAAGAAAAAUAUUAUUUCCUCAAAAUAUAAAAAUCAAUAUUUUCACCUUUUCGGAAAAUUUUUCCUGAAAAACUACAAGGAAGAAGUUUUCUUUACCAUCCCAAAUGGUUACUACUUUUUGAAAAUUUUUUGUGUCCCUAUUGAUGAGUCAACAGAAGAAAAUAUUUCUGUAGAGGAAGGGGAAGAAAAAAAUGAAAUUAGAGAGGUGAGAAAGAUCUCCGUUGGAAAUUUCUCAGACCCUUCAAUGAACUUUGUAAACUCCUUUUUGAAUGUACGAAAUGUGUUUAAUAUUAGGGUUGUUCAGGAACAUUCGGGAGAAGCCAACGAGGAUGGAGAUGACAAGAAAGAUUCAUCACAGAACAGCUCCCUUUCCGUGUCACCCAUAUUUGCUAACGAAGAUGAAGAGUUCAUGUUGAAUCUGUACCAAGUGGAGAAAAAUUUUAAAGUGGUAAUCAGAACGAAUAGCUAUUUCUGUAAUUAUUUUCAGCUAGUGGUAAGUCUCUACCCCCUGGAUUUUUACAACUCUGUGCAGAGCUAUAUGUAUUCCCAGGUGAACUCUGUGGAAAAAUAUAUGAAGAAUAUUUUUGACACCUUGUCUGUGAAGGCAAAAUUAUAUGAAGAUAUAAAAUUUGAGCAGGAGAAAUUUCCUUCCCAUCAGUACGUCAGAAUAGAAACGGAUGUUGUGAAUUUGAGGAGCGUCCAAAAGGAGGAUUCCUUUUCUCUUCCCGUGGUUGUACAUAAGGGGAGUUACUUCAAAGUCAAUCUGGGGUAUGAUUUCUCGCUAGCUAACUUCCAAAUGAAGCUAGCGAAAAAUGGUGUGGCUAUUUCAAGUAGCACCAAGAUGGAAGUCAACCUGAAGGAUAACAGUCUUAAUACAUUUGAAAAUAUUAGUCUAUACCUGGAAGAGGGAAAUUACACACUGGAGAUUCAUUCUUAUCACAUCACUGCAAAUUUGAACAACAUAAAUAAGAACUUCAGCUUCUUCUUUUAUUUCGAGCUCGAGAUUUUUGAAUUUUCUGACGACAAGACCGGGGACGCAAUUCUGCUGGAUGUGUUUCCGCACAACUCGAUGGCUAUCGACAGGAGCUACCCCUUUGGCGUUGAUAUAAUAUUCUGGGGAAGAGUACACGCAAAAGACAUACAUCUGCAGGAUGAUCAAAAGACACACAUAGAGCCGACCAACAGAACAGCAAUAAAGUAUGCGAACAUUGAGGUUCAGAAAUUUGUUCUAUCCCCAGAAAUAAUGAACAAAAUGGAAAGAAAUUUUAUUUUUAAAAUUUCACCAAAUUGUAAUAUCUAUGUUAAUCAGGAAAAAGAGAAAAGGUUAAAGUUUACCCUUUCGACUGAAGAUAAAAAUGCUUCCAUCGGAGAAAGCGUUUAUGGAGAGGAGAAGGGUGAAGCUAUUACAACGAAUGAACGGAAUGAAGAAAAUGGCGAGGUCCACCCAGAGAGUGUAAAUAAUUCCUUCCUCUUGAGGUAUGCGGAGAAGGAAAUCCCGACCGACAUUCGCGGAACAAGCUACGUGGAAGGAACUUCCCAAAAGGACAGUGUAUACGACAUCGACCGUGUCAUACAGAACUUCCGACUGAACGAAAUGAAAAGAAGGGAAGAAGAGGAUUCCACCAUGGGGAAUCCCUCGAAGGAAGAAACGGAAGCGUGUAUUCCGCUGACCAUACUGACAAUAGAAUUUUCCUGCUUCGAGAAAGGUUACUUUCUCAUUUUUAUUUUUUUUUUGUGUUUUUGCUUUAUGAUGUGGGUGUUCCUAUUUGUGGUUUUAAAAUUAUACAAAAACUGGAAGUACUACAGGAAUUACGAUGUCAUUACGGAGAGUGAUGAAGUGGUCAACCUGUUCGACGACGACCACAUAUAG